AAAGUGUUCCUCCGCGUUGGGCUUUCAAAACCAAAGCCCGUCAUCAGUCCUCCCUGCAAUCUUUCAAUACAACUCCACCCGACUUCAACCAUUUCAUGUGAUCAUAAAGAACCAAAAAGCACCCAUGGCUGGUCUCUCUCCUUCACACUCCCCUUCCUUGAACGAUGACGGCAGCACCUUCGCAGCUGGUGCUCCCUCACGGAAACGUCCCCUUCCUUCGACCUUCGAUAACGCACAGCGGCUGCCGCCCCCUGCUGCGACCUCCCGUACCAGGAACAUCUCGUGCCCUAUCUCCCAUUUGCCACCUGAGCUCGCCCUCCUAAUCCUCAGCCAUCUUCCCUACCGCAGUCUCGUCGCCCUAUCCCGUGUCGACCGCUACUGGAGACAUCUCACCUUCCACCAGGAUGGCAUUUUGUGGUACCGCCUCUCUCAAAAGCAUGGUCUCCUGCUCCCUGACCGCAAUACCGCUGCGCAACAUCGAUGGACCCUAGAAGAUGCACUCGCUCGACGACCAGGACUAUCAAGAGCAUUACACCAGAGCCGUAGGAGAUUGGUAUCUCAGGAUACAUUGAACACUACUGCACCAACGCAUCUCAAUACUUAUACGCACGCAGAAACUGUCACUAAAGGAGGGAGCCAUCAGUUGAACCCAUCCGCAAGGGUCUGGCACGGACGGGUCAAGACCUGGAGGGAUUACUUUGAGACACUAAUUAUCCUCGAGCGGGAGUGGAUCGAAGGCAAGCCCACGAUCAAGGAGCUGCGUGGACAUGAGGAUGCGGUCAUUUGCGUCAAGCUUCUUCCUAGGAGAGACCGGAUCGUGAGCGGGGAUCGACUGGGGUAUCUCAGGGUGUGGUGCGCCGUUACAGGCAGGGAGCUCCAGAAGCGGAAGGAGCACAUGAUGGGGAUCCCUUGCCUGGUCGUCCAUAAGGACCUCCUUGUCAGCGGUUCAUGGGACAGUACAGUGAUCAUCUGGCGGCAAUUUCAGGAGGACCCAUAUCUCAAACCGCUAAAGAUCAUCGACUUGGGCGAGCAAGUCAUGAGCAUGGAUCUCGACGCCAACCUGGACCUAGCCAUCGGAACCGUCAGUGGCGUUGUCAAAAUCGUUUCCCUCAAGACCUUUUCUUUCAUCGAUACCUUUCAAACCCCUCAGCCACACCUCUGCACCGCCGUGUCCUUGCACCCGGACAAAGUCGAGGCCACGAUCGGUUCAAAUUACUACGCUUGGGAUCGAACAACAAAGGCCCAGGUUGGCUUCAUUGGCGAAGCCCAUUCCAAGAGUAUCUCGUGUAUGAAGGUCGAUGUUGCAGAGCGCCUGAUCUUUACGGGAUCCCAGGACGGCAAGGUCAGAAUCUUUAGCUGGGGAUCUAAGCCCGUGUUGUUGAGGCAAUAUGCAGGGCAUAUGAAUGGCGUGCGAUGUAUGACCCUCCAGGACUAUAUGGUUAUCACCGGAUCUUCGGACAAGACGGUGAUGGUUACAUUUAGAGACCGACACGAGUAUAUGCCUUACAGACUGUUCCUCGACAAGGUCUCAGGACCCGAGGAUGUCCUCGAGACGGAGUCCAACAGGAUCGAGCGCAUCGCAGGCCCUGUCUCCUUCUUCCACUCCACCAACGUGAACUGUGUGGAUGCAGACACGGCCAUGUUGGUCACCGGUGCAGAUGAUAGCAUUGUUAGGAUAUUCGAUUUCGGUCAGGAUCUCUGGAGAUCGCCAACGCCCUCGUCGCCAAGGCUUUGUGGUCAGGCCUCUUUGGUCUCAUCGGCAUCCUCUACGUGCGUUCUCAUGGCCAGACCUGGACGGAAUAAGGUCUCUGUAGGAAAUCGUCGACAGAACUGGGGAACCUAUGCCCUAGCUGUGCUGACACGAGCAAGGGACUUGAUGGAUCAAUCUUUGGGGCAGAGCAGCAGUGGAAGCAUACCAUCUCUGGCAUGGAUGAAUGUGGAUGAGAUCUAUCAGCGGAUGGUCGAUUGGGAGUUGCUUCCUGUCAGUCAAGGAUCGACGCCAAAGCACACACUCAACCUCGCUCUUCACAUGAUGGCCAAGUCAGAUCCACCAACAAUCCUCCUAGACAGCACUGUCAGUCCACAUCGCUUUGCCCUGAAAUAGAUAUCCGCCCAUACCUUUGUAUAUAUAUAUAUAAAAAUGAAACUACUGAAGACGGAGCUCGAGUAUUUUU